GGGACUCACCUGAGACGACCCGGGCCCUCCCGGACGCCAGUGGAACGCGUGUCCCGAGGGUCCCCGAAGUCUGCGGGAAGUUCCAGGCGGGAGCUUCGCCCCGGGCUCGCGAAGGUGGGGUGCGGGCCGCUGAGCGCGGGCCAGGGCGCCGCCGGGCCGCGCGGGCGGGAACGCGCGGCGGCCGUCCCCUCCUCCCUCGCUCCCGCCCGCAGCGGCGGCGGCGGCGCUUCUCCGGCGCGGAGCGGCUUUAAAAGGCGGCACCCCACCCCCUGGCGCACUCGCCGCUCGGGCGCCGAGCGAGCCUGCCGUUGCCAUGCCUCCGCGCGCGCCGCCCGCGCCAGGGCCCCGGCCGCCGCCCCGGGCCCCCGCCGCCGCCUGGGACGCGGACACCGACACGGACACGGCCGGCGCCGGCGGGCCCGGGCUCCGGCCGCUCGCGCCGCGCCCCUGGCGCUGGCUGCUGCUGCUCGCGCUGCCCGCCGCCUGCUCCGCGCCGCCGCCGCCGCGCCCCGUCUACACCAACCACUGGGCGGUGCAAGUGCUGGGCGGCCCGGCCGCCGCGGACCGCGUGGCCGCGGCGCACGGCUACCUCAACUUGGGCCAGAUCGGAAACCUGGAAGAUUACUACCACUUUUAUCAUAGCAAAACCUUUAAAAGAUCAACCUUGAGUAGCAGAGGCCCUCACACCUUCCUCAGGAUGGACCCCCAGGUGAAAUGGCUCCAACAACAAGAAGUUAAACGCAGGGUGAAGAGACAGGUGCGAAGUGACCCUCAGGCCCUUUAUUUCAACGACCCCAUUUGGUCCAACAUGUGGUACAUGCAUUGUGGCGACAAGAACAGUCGCUGCCGAUCAGAAAUGAAUGUCCAGGCGGCGUGGAAGCGGGGCUACACGGGAAAAAACGUGGUGGUCACCAUCCUGGAUGAUGGCAUAGAGCGGAAUCACCCCGACCUGGCCCCAAACUAUGAUUCCUAUGCGAGCUAUGACGUCAACGGAAACGAUUACGACCCGUCUCCGCGAUAUGAUGCCAGCAAUGAGAACAAACACGGUACUCGCUGUGCGGGAGAGGUCGCCGCUUCAGCCAACAACUCUUACUGCAUCGUGGGCAUCGCGUACAAUGCAAAAAUCGGAGGCCGUCCAGCUAUAAGGAGCUGGUUCUCUGAUGACCUCAGCCCCUUCCUCGGUCAGCACCCAUGUGGCUGCAUCCGCAUGCUGGACGGAGACGUGACGGACGUGGUGGAGGCCAAGUCCCUGGGCAUCAGACCCAACUACAUCGACAUUUACAGCGCGAGCUGGGGGCCGGAUGACGACGGGAAGACGGUGGACGGGCCCGGCCGACUGGCCAGACAGGCCUUCGAGUACGGCAUUAAAAAGGGCCGGCAGGGCCUGGGCUCCAUUUUCGUCUGGGCGUCGGGGAACGGCGGCCGAGAGGGGGACCACUGCUCCUGCGACGGCUACACCAAUAGCAUCUACACCAUCUCCGUGAGCAGCACCACGGAGAAUGGCUACAAGCCCUGGUACCUAGAGGAGUGUGCGUCCACGCUGGCCACCACCUACAGCAGCGGGGCCUUCUACGAGCGCAAAAUCGUGACCACGGAUCUGCGCCAGCGCUGCACCGAUGGCCACACCGGGACCUCUGUUUCAGCCCCCAUGGUGGCCGGCAUCAUCGCCUUGGCGCUGGAAGCAAACAGCCAGCUGACCUGGAGGGACGUCCAGCACCUGCUGGUGAAGACGUCCAGGCCGGCCCACCUCAAAGCAAACGACUGGAAGGUGAACGGUGCUGGUCAUAAAGUUAGCCACCUCUAUGGAUUUGGCUUGGUAGACGCGGACGCCCUCGUCAUGGAGGCCAAGAAGUGGACUGCGGUGCCCCUGCAGCACAGCUGUGUCGCUGUCACAGACAAGAGGCCCAGGAGCAUCCCCGUGGUGCAGACGCUGCGGACCAGCGCCCUGACCACCGCCUGUGCCGACCACUCGGACCAGCGUGUGAGCUACCUGGAGCACGUGGUGGCCCGCAUCACCAUCUCCCACCCACGCCGAGGAGACCUGCAGAUCCACUUGAUUUCUCCCUCAGGGACCAAGUCUCAGCUUUUGGCGAAGAGGUUGCUGGAUCAUUCCAACGAAGGCUUUACAAACUGGGAGUUCAUGACCGUGCACUGCUGGGGAGAGAAGGCCGAGGGGGAGUGGACCCUGGAAAUCCAGGACAUGCCAUCCCAGGUCCGCAACCCAGAGAAACAAGGUAAUGCAGGUGAAGUAGAGAUGAGAGAGGAAUGUACGUUCCCAACUGCAUGUGUUAGAAAAGAAGAAAGGCUAAAGAUUGAUGGGAAGUUGAAAGAGUGGAGCCUCAUCCUGUACGGCACGGCCCAGCACCCCUAUACCACCUUCAGCGCCCAUCAGUCUCGCUCCCGGAUGCUGGAGCUCUCAGCCCUAGAGCCAGAGCCACCCAAGGCCGCCCUGUCACCGUCCCAGGCCGAGGUUCCCGAGGACGAAGAGGACUACACAGCUCCUCCCUCCCAUGGCUCUCCUAAUAUUUUACAGACCAGUGUGUGCCAUCCGGAGUGUGGUGACAAAGGCUGUGAUGGCCCUAACGCAGACCAGUGCUUGAACUGUGUCCACUUCAGCCUGGGGAGCGUCAAGACCAGCAGGAAGUGCGUGAGCGUGUGCCCCUUGGGCUACUUUGGGGACAUGGCAGCCCGCCGCUGCCGCCGCUGCCACAAGGGAUGCGAGACCUGCUCCGGCCGGGGCCCCACCCAGUGCCUGUCUUGCCGCCGCGGGUUCUACCACCAUCAGGAGGUGAACACCUGUGUGACCUUCUGUCCCGCUGGAUUUUAUGCUGAUGAAAAUCAGAAAAACUGCCUUAAAUGCCACCCAAGCUGUAAGAAGUGCAUGGAUGAACCAGAGAAAUGUACUGUCUGUAAAGAAGGAUUCAGCCUUGCACGGGGCAGCUGCAUUCCAGACUGUGAGCCAGGCACCUACUUUGACUCUGAGCUGAUCAGGUGCGGGGAAUGCCAUCCCACCUGCCAGACCUGCGUGGGGCCCAGCAGAGAAGAAUGUAUUCACUGUGCCCCAAACUUCCACUUCCAAGACUGGAAAUGUGUGCCAGCCUGUGGCGAGGGCUUCUACCCCGAGGAGAUGCCGGGCUUGCCCCACAAAGUGUGCCGAAGGUGUGACGAGAGCUGCUUGAGCUGUGAAGGCUCCAGCAGGAACUGCAGCCGGUGUAAGACAGGCUUCACACAGCUGGGAACCUCGUGCAUCACCAACCACACGUGCAGCAACGCCGAUGAGACCUUCUGCGAGAUGGUCAAGUCCAACCGGCUCUGCGAACGCAAGCUCUUCAUCCAGUUCUGCUGCCGCACCUGCCUCCUGGCUGGGUAGGGGCGCCCGGCCGCCCGCACAGGGCAGGGCCCUUCCUGUCUGUCCGUCCACCUUCCUCCAGGCUGUCGGCCAGAGUCUGUUUCAGGAGUGGUACCCUGCAUCUGACAGCUUUAUCUCCCCAGGAGCGAGGUCCUUCCGCGGCAUCUCUGGGCGCCCAGGCCAGGUGGGUGAGGGCUUCGAGGAGGUGUCGGCGAUGUCCUCUCACACCCUGCUUGCUGGCUCCAUUCUUCUGGCUAACUCACAACGGGAACAGAACCAAUUCCAGGAAUCCACAGCUCCAGCUUCAGAGCAGCUUCUGGGACCAUAAGUUUACUGAAUCUUCGAGACCAAAGCAGAAAGGCAGGAUGCUUGGUGCAUUGCUCUUCUCCCCGUGCUUUUGGGCAGCCCGCAGACCCCUGGGCUGUGCCCCUGCAUGAUGGAGGGCUAAGGGGCAUACCUGCUCAUCUGCCUGCCACAGUCUGGGGGAUGGUUUGGUCAGACUGCAAAUAAAACAGACUUUGGGGCUUCAAACGUGUGACCACUGGGGAUGGAGCAUCUAUUUCUCCAUAAUCAGCGACUUCUGAAACUGCAGCCAUGGCUUAGAAAGUCUAAUCCCAAACGGAUGGGUUGGAAGGACCCUCCUUCCUCUGCCGCCCUUUCCUCUGAGGGAGCUGAAGGUCCCUGGUCUCUGCAUCCUAUCUGUGUCUCUGGGAGUCUCAUGGCCCAGAUGAACAGUCACCUCUGCCUAACACAGAGGGUCCCCAGGAGGCAUCCCGGGGGCUGGCCAAAAGGUGCCCCAACGACCAAGCAAUUCUUCCUACCAAAAUGUAAACCCAGCCUGUGAACUGUUAAUUGUCUGUCGUGUCCCGUUUUGUGGAAUUGCUUUGAAAAUACAUUGGCCCUGCUUUUCAGGAGACUUGUUCUUAAGGUGGGCGCCCCUGCGUCUGUGUGUGCUAUGAGCCUAACGACACGGCUGGAUUUAUUUUUGCCAAACCUGUGUGGGUAUUUUAUAAGCUACGUGUUCUGAUUUUUACCAAUGUUAAUUAUUUUGACAAAUAUUUCAUAUAUUUUCAUUGAUAUGCACAGAUCUGCUUGAUCAAGUCCCUUUAAUAUGGGAGUAACAUUUGCCUUAAAUUUUUUCGAGCUCGUUCUCCAUUUCGUCCUGCUCCCGUCUUUGACUGUAACACAUUUGACCAGUCCCCUGUCAGCUGGGGGGGAGCCCAGCUGUUGUUUGUUGAAUCCACAACUCUGAAAAUGAAAUCCACAAAGCAAAUACAGUGUUAACCCUAAAUUAAUAAAAGAGUUAACAUUUCAUGGCAAA